AUGGUUGAGCAAAAGAGAUUCGCUCUGUUUCUAGCGUCGUGCGAUUCAGCAUUGGUGAAGAAGGCGUAUGGAGGUUAUUUCAACGUGUUCGUGUCGACAUUUGGCGAAGAAGGAGAGCGAUGGGAUCUCUUCAGAGUGAUCAACGGCGAGUUUCCGGAGGAGAAAGAUCUGGACAAGUACGAUGGUUUUGUUAUCAGUGGUAGUCUCCAUGACGCUUUCGCAGAUGAUGAUUGGAUCAUUAAGCUUUGUUCGCUUUGUCAAAAACUCGACGUCAUGAAGAAGAAGGUUUUAGGUAUCUGCUUCGGCCAUCAGAUACUAAGUAGAAUCAGAGGAGGAAAAAUCGGAAGAGCGAGUCGAGGUGCAGACUUGGGACUAAGAAGCAUAAGAAUAGCAACAGACGCAGUGAAACCAGGUGGUUACUUCGGAGACAAGACUCCAAGUUCACUAGCCAUUAUAAAAUGUCACCAAGACGAAGUCUGGGAACUCCCUGAGUCAGCUACAUUGCUUGCUUACUCAGACAAGUGCAACGUAGAGAUGGCCUCCUAUGGAGACCACUUCCUCUCCAUCCAAGGCCACCCUGAGUACAAUAAAGAGAUUCUUUUCGAGAUCAUCGAUCGUGUCGUCAGUUUGAAGUUGAUGGAGCAAGAUCUUGCGGAUAAGGCCAAAGCAACUAUGGAAGACGCUGAACCGGAUAGGAAACAAUGGCAGACUCUCUGCAAAAACUUUCUGAAAGGAAGAACCAAUCAAGUUUAA